AAGUAUACGACCGGGUUUUAAGUUCCAAUUUAACUUGUAAUAAGUCAACCAUGGUCAAGCACAACAACGUGAUCCCGAAUGGCCACUUCCACAAGGACUGGCAGAACCGCAUCAAGACGUGGUUCGACCAGGCCGCGAAGAAGAAGUCGCGCCGCUUGACUCGUAAGGCCAAGGCCGCGGCCAUUGCCCCGCGCCCGGCUGCCGGUCUUCUCCGCCCGGCUGUCCACUGCCCCACGGUCAAGUACGGCUCGAAGGUCCGUGCCGGCCGUGGCUUCACCUUGGAUGAGCUGAAGGAAGCUGGCAUCUCGCGCAAGCAGGCCCUCUCGAUCGGCAUUGCCGUCGACUACCGCCGCACCAACAAGUCGGUCGAGUCGCUCCAGGCCAACGUCCAGCGCCUUAAGGCCUACAAGUCGAAGCUUGUUGUCUUCCCGCGCAAGCGCGCCUCGAAGCCCAAGCAGGGCGACGCCUCGGUCGAGGACAUCAAGGCUGCUGUCCAGCACACGGGUGUCCUCUUCCCGAUUGCCCGUGCCUCGACGGAAGUCGCCACGGCCAAGAUCACCGACGCCAUGAAGAACGAGUCGGUCGUCAAGACCCUUCGCCUUGCCAAGGCCGACGCUCGCCUCGUUGGUCUCCGCAAGAAGAUGGCCGCCGACAAGGCCAACGCCGACAAGUAAACGUGCCCGUCGGAACUUGUCUUGAUCAAUUGGAACACAUAAUUGAGAGCAAAGCCAACCCUUUGUUCGACGUCGUACUCUACAUCCGGUCCUCUUCGU